GAGAGGGUGUCCACUCUGGACAACCAGCUUUUCAACCUCAUGGACGAGGACCUCGCCCGCAUCCUGGCCUACACCCGCGAGGGCGAGGGCAGGCUGUCCGCCCACAUCGCCGCGCUGCAGGGUCUCGCGGUGGAGGCGGGGAUCAUCUUCGAGGAACACCGGCUGCAGAGCCUGGAACGGGCGCUCCCGCGCGCACCCGCGGACCGCUGUGCGCUGAGCAGGUGGCUCCUGGAGCUGCGCCUGCGCUCGGACGCGCUAGGCGCGGCCAGGCAUCUGGAGAACCUCGCUGCCAAACACAACGUCCUGGUUGACCUGGCGGACCAGCACACCCAGUACCUGGAGAUCAACGUUGCAGGCUUCAGGAAGCUGCUGAAGCGUCACGAAAAGCAGAUCCCACACAGGUUCCGGUCGAGGCCCAUGCCGUGCUUAGAGUUCCACAGACUCGUGACGCACAC